AUGGCUGAAUCAUAUUUUUCUGAGCCGGUCUUGGCGUGGUACCUGGACAAGCUCAGUGAUGAAGAGUUUUGGAUGUUUAAGGAGCUCCUCAUGCUCGAACUCCCACAACUUCAUCUCCCACCCAUCCCCCAGUUUGAUGUGAACACUACUUCAAAAGAAGAGUUGACCAGGAUGCUGCUUCUGUACUACCCCGGAAGGCCAGUGUGGGAAAUAACCCUGAGCCUCCUCGUCCAGAUGGACCGGAAAGAUCUCUGGAUAAAGGCACAGGAAGAGAUAGGAAAUACAACAUUUUCCUACAGAAAGGAAAUGAGUGGAAAAUUCCAGCAGGUGUGGGACAAGGAGACUUGCCUUCAAGUCUCUGAUGGGUUCUAUAAGAAGUCUGUGAGGCACCAGCGCUUGUCACUACGAAAUGCAUUCGCUUACCAGCAGCAGGUCGGUGCAGUCACAGCGGUUCUGAGUGGCCCAGAGGGUGUCGGGAAAACGACACUUCUGAGAAGGCUGAUGUUGGACUGGACAGAGGGAGCCCUGUGGGAGGGCAGGUUCUUGUUUGUGUUCUUCUUCACUGUCUACGAAUUGAACUCAGUGCUGGAGACGAGUCUGGUGGAGCUGGUCUCCAGGGACUGGCUCAAGCCUCUGGAUGUCCUCAAUCACACAUUCUCCCAGCCAGAGAAAAUCCUGUUUAUCCUGGAUGGCUUUGAAAGGUUGAAAUUUGACCUGGGAAUUCGGACUGACUUGGGUACUGACUGGGCUCAGAGGCAGCCAACCCCUAAUCUCCUGAGCAGCUUGCUGCAGAAGACACUGCUUCCCGAAUCCUCUCUGCUGCUCGGGCUAAGAGACACCACAGAGACGACCAGCAUCCGUUAUUUGCUGAAGGAGCCAAGGGAAAUCACGAUCUCCUAUUUCUCUGACCCUCUGGUCGAGUUGUAUUUCUCCCACUUCUUCCCUGUUCCAGAACACGCGUCCAGGGCCUUGGCUUUUGUGCAGUCCAGGUCAGAUCUGUUAUCGGUGUGUACCCGGCCCAUUUUCUGUUGGAUGAUUUGUAGCUGUUUAAAAUGGCAGCUCGAGGCAGGGGGCCGCUUUGAAAUAUCUGCCUACAACAUCACUUAUCUCUACGUGUCCUUCCUCACCAGUGCAUUCAAAGGGAGAGAUGAGAAGUGCUCAGUAGCCAAUAACAGAGCCCAGCUCCGAAGACUUUGCAUGCUGGCUGCGGAGGGAAUGUGGAUGCAUGUGUUUGUGUUCAGCUCUGGGGACCUGGACAGGUUUGGGAUCUCUGCAGCUGAUGUCAUACUGUGGUUGAGCCUGAAACUCCUGCAGCCCAGCGGCAGGGACUUUGCCUUCAGUGGCCUGGCCAUGCAGUCCUUUUGUGCCGCCAUGUUCUACUUCUUCGAAGAACCUGCAGACUCGGCCUUUGGCAGUGUAGCCCAGCUGGUGUCGGCAAUCUUGCGUGACAGGCAGAGCCAUUUGUUUGUGGAAGGAGUGUUUGUGUACGGACUCACAAAUGAGAAUGCGAGGAGGGAGCUGGAGACCUCGUUUGGUUUCUCACUGUCCAAGAACAUAAAGCAGGAGCUCCUGCAGGGCCUCGUGCCUCUGCUGGAGUGUGAGCACGGGGCGGCCACUCAGAGCCUCCCAGAGUUGUUCCAAGGCUUGACUGAAACCCAGGAUCAGGUCUUUAUCAAAAGCGUGCUAGACCUAUUUGAGGAAAUGUCGCUUACAAUUUGUGAGAUGGAUCAUUUCAUAGUGGUGGCCUCCUGCCUGGAAGAGUGUCAAAGGCUGAAGGAGCUUCGCCUGUGCAUACAGAAGAUCUUCGCAGACCCCGGUGACAUCAGGGACGUCCAAGACGACAGGAGCAACAGGAACUUCCGAGGCCACCGAGGCAAGAACGGGGAUAUGCAUGAAUUCCGUAAGUUCCUCAGGGCAAUCAACCAUCUCCCGUGCCUGCAGAAGCUGGAGCUGCACAGGCUUAAGAUCACCGAUAAGUGCCUUCACAGUCUCUUUACAGAACUGGUUCCCCCUCCUAGCCUCCAAAGCUUGUGGAGUAGCUUUAUGCCUACUGGAAGUUAUGGACAAGCAUUGUUCAAGGCAGUCCUUUUGGGGCCUUCCCUGAGGCAGCUCAAUCUGUAUGGAACUGACUUCCAGAGCCCUCUCAUGUUCUUAUAUCAAACACUGAUGGAGGCAGGGAACACCGUGGACAACCUGAUGUUGGGGAAGUGUGAUAUUCUAACAAAGGAUUGUGAUAACUUCAGCUGUCUCAUUAAGUAUAGGAAGCUGAAGUGUCUGUCCUUGGUAGAAAAUCCUAUUGGAAACAGAGGAGUGAAGUUUCUCUGUGAAGGCCUGAAGGACCCAAACUGCAUUCUGGAGAGCCUCAUGUUGUCUUACUGCUGUCUCUCCCACAUUGCUUGUGACUUCAUUGCCCAAGCCCUUCGGGUCAACCGAACUCUGUCUCUGCUUGACAUGGGGUCAAAUUUCCUGGAGGAUGUUGGUGCGGAGAACCUGUGCAAAGCCUUGAGACGCCCGAGCUGCAGCCUGCAGGAGCUCUGGCUGACGGGUUGUUACUUCACUUCUCGUUGCUGCGAGGAUUUCUCUGCUGCUCUUAUUCACAAUAGAAAUCUGAAGACCCUGAAACUUGGAAACAAUGAAAUCCAGGAUUCUGGUGUGAAACUCCUGUGUAGGGCUCUGCAGCACCCUAACUGCAGGCUGCAGAAACUUGGGCUGGAUAUGUGUCCGCUCACCUCUGGUUGCUGUGGAGACCUCGCCUUGGCUCUUAUCAGAAGCAGAUCACUCAGGAGCCUGAACCUGGACUGGGUGGCCUUCAGCCAUGCCGGCGUGGAGGUGCUCUGUGAGGCCCUGAGCCACCAGGACUGUGCCCUGGAGCUGCUUGGUCUGGACAAAGCUGUACUUGAUGAGGAAUCUCAGAAGCUUCUGGAGGGAGUGGAGAAGCGGGACCCCCCACUGACCAUCAAGCAUCUUCCCUGGCUCCGCGAAGAGGACCUGCUGAGGGGCAUCCCCGGGUAGGAGCUUCUCCACAGCUUCUCCUUCAGCGGUGUGCAUCUCUUCUGGCCCACCCUUUCCCAAACCCUUUGUCAUGAUGUGGCAGCCCAGAUUUCCGUGUUAUUCCUUCGUGGCGUCCUGUCCCCCAUCGUUAG